CCCGUUUAAGAAAGGGGCGGCGGCUGGGCGGUAUUUGAGCGGACAACAUAGCGGUAGAGCGUCAGUUUCGAGUCCGUCGUUGUCCAAAGGGUACUGAAGUCACACGCGGAGGAGUACCGUCUUGUUGGAGGAAUUAAUUUAUUAGUAUCUGCUCAUUAUCUGUUCCGCUGUCUGACGAAGAACUCUCUAGAAGCAUGGCCGCCCAGCAUAAGGGCGCAAGCCAUGAUCUGCCCUCCCCAAACGGGGUGUCGGUCGCGGAGCACGUCGACAUGGAGAACACCAGGGAGCUGAGCCUGAUGAGGGCCUUCGCCCAGCGGAGACGCCCCGUAAGCACAAGACCGGUCGCCCUGGGCAACGGGACGUCGGCUAACGGGCCAGCUGCGGUUCCUCCUUCCUCUGUGGAGGAAGAAGAACCCAAGAAAAAGAAGAAGAAGAGGAAUUUCCUGAAACGACUCCGUGAGUUAAUCUCAUGUGUACCCAGGGGUGCUGAAGCAGACGACGGAGAACCAGCUGGGCCGGGCUUCAGGAACAGUGGCGUGUCCCCGGCGACACUCUUGCAACAAAGCAAGAGUGUUGAUGUGCUAACGACCAAGCUAAUUGAGAUAGCCAACAGCUCCUUCAUUCCUCCGGAAAUAGAGUCUGAUGCAGAAGAGGGGGAAAUAGAGAAGUUGGCGGGCCUGUUGCUCAGGCAAUGCGGCGACACGGUGGAACAGGAUUAUGACUGCGCCCAGAAGUUCACGGAGAUGCUGAGCAGCUACAGCAUGUUCGGCAAAUUGAUGUCCAAGAUCUUCCUCAAGAUCGGCCUCCCGACCAACGACCCUGGGGACCGGGGACCCAAGGGUUCAGACGAGAUCCAGACCAACAUUGCUGUCACCUGCGAGGUGGCCACUAGGCUGUCUGCUAUGGACACCCAUCCAAUGAACCGCGCUCUCGGGUUCGGUGCUCGGUACCUGAAAGAGCACUAUCCUCUGGAGGAAGCGUUGAAUGCAGACGAGGACCAAGAUAUUGACACGGACGUCGAGUGAGAGACGGGUCUCUUUGUUGGUUUGAGGGUGACAACUUUUAUACCACUACCAAGUGGCAGUGCCAAGAUCACAAGGAACACAUCACAGUAUGCAAGACUUUUUAAGUUAAUUUCUCAGGGAAAGAGAAUGAGAAAUGUGCCAAUGGGAUUGUCCUAAUUUUGCACAAAAAAAUGGCAACCUCUUGUGUUUAGUUUAGUCUUUCUAGUGCCAUGAUCCAAAAAAAGAAGCUGCUUGUUGUCCUUUACACUGAGGUAAUCUAAUAUGGUUAUCUAACCAAAUUAUCUUAUGUUGAGAUAAUAUUAUUUGGUUGUGAAGUGGCCAAAAUCCUGGCCAUCCAUUAGUUAUCGUUAUUUAACCAUGUAUUUUUGAAUCUUUAUGUGAAGAGAGUGUGCUGGAAUGAAUAGCUUCUCUAUUCUGAACGAUAACUUACCAGUGGUCACUCCAAAGCAAUAGCUGUGGGAAGGAGUGUUAUCAAUGUACAUUUUUUUGCUAUUGAAACCGAUUUACCCAUAGCAAUGACUCUUGGUCACUUUUGUGUCAACAGUUUUACUAUAUAUGGGAAUAAAUCUGAUUUUCAUCUCCCGGUUA